AUGGAUUUGAAAUUCGAAUUGGAACAGAUUGUGGCUGUGCAAUCAUACCAUUUUCAUUUUGACCGUCGCUAUAGCGCUUUACGACCGCCCAAUGAAAAUGUUGGCGUCAAAGCGCUAAGCGCUAAGCACUCUAGAUGCGGCCAGACUUCGGAUACCCGUCGCCUGACGGAAGAUGAACGCGAGCAAGGGCCGCCCGCUCCGACCUCGAUAUCUCAGACUCGGAGCUCUCCAUCCAGCCCCAUCUCUAAAGUGUACGAUGCAAUCUUGCGUGACGACUCUCGUGCUAUGGCGUCAUGGCACCCGGGCGGCUACAGCAUAGCUCUCAUAUGCAUCAAUUGGUUUCUUCUCAGGCCACAUCGAAAUUCCUUGCUAGGUCGGUCGUGUGGCUUAUGCAUGUCUCAAGGCGUGAAUAAAAAUCCAGGAUUGAACGGUGGUACAAGCAAACAAGAUCACGAGAGGAAUACUGACAUGAAGUUCUUGGACAUCAACAGAGACCUUCGCGCUGUUACCAUAAGAUUCAAGCCAGCUACUGAAGAGGUGGCAGUGCUAUUGGUUGAUCGAAAUCUCUAUAGUACCCGUCGUUGGCUCGCGGAAUGUUUGGGUGUGCCGACGGUCAACUGGAUAUCAUAA